AACCGCUAUUACGUCAUGGUCAGCUGUUCGAUGAGGAAGUAAACAAACCUGAGGUGAGCGGACGACGCGACGGAGAAAGGGUCCGGCUCUCCAAAUGACGUCUCUGAUUUGCACUUUACAAGACCAUCGAGACGAUGUCAACUGGUGCGCCUUCUCGGCCAAACUGCUCGCCACGUGCUCCGGGGACAAAACCCUGAGGAUAUACAACACCCGCGACUUCUCGGAGCUGCCCUUUUCGCCGCUGUCGGGACAUGGCUACAGCAUCCACUGCUGCUGCUUCAGCGCGUGCGGACAGUUCCUCGCCUCGUGCUCAACCGAUGCGACCACGGUGGUCUGGUCCAUGGUGACAGGUGAGAUCGAGGCCGUCAUGGAGCAUCCUGGCCGCAGCCCCGUCAGGAUCUGCGCGCUCUCUCCUGACUCUGUCCACCUGGUUUCCGGUGCGUCUGAUGGCACUUUGGCUCUGUGGGAUUUCCCCUCCAAACAGCUGCGCAGGACCUGUGCAGUGAACGACACAACAAUGGUGGCGUGCUCCUUCAGCCCCUGCGGUCAGGUGUUCAUGACCGGCUCCACCUAUGGAGACCUGCGUCUGUGGGACCUGGACAUGAACCAGCUCCAUGCAGAGAAGAACGCCCAUGACCUGGGCGUCACCUGCUGUGCCUUUGCUCCCGACAUCCUCAGUGGAGGUCAAGUUGUGCAGUUCCGUCUGGCAUCCUGUGGCCAAGACAGUCACCUGAAGAUCUGGGCCAUUAACAAGUUCAGCUCUGGAGUCUAUAAGAUGCAGCUCCUGCACACAUUAACCGGCCAGUCGGCUCCAGUCCUCUCCUGUGCGUACUCCUCAGAUGGGCAGUUGCUUGUUUCUGGCUCUGUGGACAAAACGGUUACAGUCUAUGAUGCUAAAAAUGCAGUUUUGCUUUACACGCUGAACCAGCACGAGAGGUAUGUGACAGCAUGUGCCUUCUCUCCGACUUCACCACUAAUUGCUACAGGAUCUAUGGAUAAGACUGUAAACAUCUGGAGACUGGAGGAUGGCUGCAGUGGCCAUGGCGGGAAGUCGUUGCCUGAGGAGGCUGCUCUUACAUCAAGUGAUGGGAGAACCUCAUCGGGCCGAUCGAAGCUGCUGGUCACCGAUUGGUCGGAGGAGGAUGUGUCAGAGUGGCUGGCGGAGGAGGGCCUCGGGGGAUUGGUCGACAAAUUCAGGGCCAACAACAUAGAUGGGACAGAACUGCUCAGUCUCACCAAGGAAACACUGGCGUCAGAGCUGCUCAUAGAGUCCAUUGGCCUGCGCAGUAAACUCCUGAGGAAGGUUGAGGAGCUGAAGAGUGAAUCGGUGUGUUCAGGCAUCCCUGAUGAGUUCCUGUGUCCAAUCACCAGGGAGCUGAUGAAGGAGCCAGUCAUUGCUGCCGACGGCUACUCAUAUGAAAGAGAGGCCAUCGAGAGCUGGAUCAACACUAAGAACCGUUCCAGCCCUAUGACCAACCUCCCUUUACUGACCACUCUGCUCACCCCAAACCACACCCUGAGGAUGGCUAUUGGUCGCUGGAAGACCAGCCAUUAACAUCUUCAAAACCUCUGACCUGGUGUGCCCCAAUAAUGUUUCAUCUUAAACAGUCAAAAAAACAGAAUACAGCGCUCACAGGGAUCCCUCGGCAUUAUGGGUACAGGUAAUGAUUUUGUUCAAUUUGAGACAUCUUUGCACACCGUGGGGCUUUCUUUGGUGGCACUCUUUUGUAAAGCUGCAUCAAGCAAUUUUUCAAAGUGGGGUUACUAAGUACUGACUUAGUAGGGUGCCCAAACUUUUGCAAAUGCCACAUUUGCUUUUUAAAGGUAUAAUAUGCAAGAUUUCCCUAAAAAAACAUCACUUAUAAAUACAGGAGUAUAUAGAAGUGGGCUUGGCUGCAACCUUUGACCACAGAGCAUUGCUUUAGAAUGACACAGCCAUAAAACAAUCAGAAAAUAAAGUUUUAUUUCUCUUUUUCACUGCUUCAUUUCUGCUAAUGUUGCUUGCUCUUCUCAGUCACUCUUUAGCUCUCUCAAUCGCUGCUGCUCUCUCACACUCGUUGAGCUGGGGAGGAAGGGCUGACUUUGAAUGGUGUGUUUGCAAACAGCAAUCCAGAAAUCCUGCAUAGUAUACCUUUUAAGUUCAUGAAAGAAAAAGUAACAGUGCAUUAACAUUUAAAGGGUUUUUUUUCAAAAAAAUUGCACACAACACAAUUUACCAAUUAAGAUGCAGCAAAGCUGAAAACGUGCUUCAUAAUUAAAAAAAUAAAAAUAACUGGGCUUAGGAGGCCUUUAGUUUUCAGUGUAGUUUUUUGAUUAAAUAACCAAUAAAUCCAAUGAGCUGUGAGUGUCUGAAAGCUACACAGAGCUACACAGACUGUUGAAUCACAGUUGGAUCAGAAGUACUGUUAGAAAUAUUGCUUAAUGCAGCUUCAAUCUUCAAAAUUAAUUAGUAAUGCUGGUUGCCUUACUCAAAACACAAUUUGCACCAUCAGCAGUGCAACAAGUGAGCAUUACAUACAUGUGUUUUCUAGAUUAUCUGAACACUGAACCUUGCUUAUUAUAAAUCCCGUGGGAAAUAGUGCUUGGCCAAAGUAGAUUAGCAUUUACUUCCCUGUGCAAGCUCACACCACAUUUAAUGAAAUAUUGAAAACACUUCUGCAAUAUUCAGAAAUUGCAAUGUUUGCAUUUUUAUACAAGUAGUUUAUUUUGAUGGUUUGGUUAAAUGUCAGUUAAGUUGUACUGUCAAAGGACAAGAACUUGUAUCCAUCCAUACACACUCUGAAGCCUAGGCAACAUUAUACUGUGAAAGCAGUAGAUGUAGAAAUGUAGUCCUCCAGUUAUAUUUUAUUAUACCACAAUAAAUAAUGUGGUAACAUUCUGUAAUCCAUAGUAUGACUCAAAAGGUUAUAUGAUAACUAUGGACAUACAGCAAUGUAAGAAGUCUCUUAAGGUUUCUUAUCCUUGACUGUGUAAAUGCUCUCUCUGUGUCCAAAUAAACCAAUAAACACUC